CACCCCGCCCACGCCGCAAAUCCCUGCCGGUGCCGGAGCACAAAAUAGAGAGAGAAAAAAAUGGCGGCGGCCCCGUCCCCGUCCCCCUCCGUCCCCGCCUGCGGCGACCUCCCGGCCGCCGUAUCCGCCUUCGCCGACGCCUUCGUGGACUUCGCCGUGUCCGGCAUCUUCUUCCCGACCUCCGCCUCCUCCUCGUCGCCCCCUCCUCCCCCGACGACCCCGACCACCUUCCUCCCGUCCCCAUCCCGCCUCGUCGCCAUCGGAGACCUCCACGGGGACCUCCCCAAGUCCCUCUCCGCGCUCCGCCUCGCCGGCCUCGUGCCCCCGUCCAGCAGCCUCGAUUCCUCCCCCUCCUCCUCCGCCGCCGCCUCCCCCUCCUCCUCCGCCGCCGCCUCCGCCUCAUGGGCCGCGGGGCCCACCCUCGCCGUCCAGCUCGGCGACAUCCUCGACCGCGGCGGCGACGAGCUCCGCCUCCUCUACCUCCUCCGUCGCCUUGCGCUCUCCGCCGAGGCACGCGGCGGCGCGUUCCUCCCCAUCCUCGGCAACCACGAGGUCAUGAACGUCUCCGGCGACUUCCGCUUCGCCACGCCGCAGGGCCUCCAGGAGUUCUCCGCCUGGGCCGGGUGGUACCGCGCGGGGCUCGCCAUCAAGCGCCGCUGCGGCGAGCACCUCGACCCGCAGCCCAGGAACCCGUUCCUCGGCGUGCCCAAAUCCUUCCCCGGCGUCAAGCCGGAGUUCUGGGACGGGAUGCGGUCCCGUCUCGCCGCGCUCCGGCCCGACGGGCCCAUUGCGCGCCGGUUCCUGGCCGACCUCCCGACCGUGCUUGUGGUGGGCGACUCGGUGUUCGUCCAUGGGGGCCUCCUCGAGGCCAACGUCGAGUACGGCCUGGAGCGGAUCAAUGCGGAGGUCAGCGAGUGGAUCCGCGGUGAGGGCGGCGACAAUGCCAGGGCGCCAGAGUAUGUGCGAGGCCGGGACGCUGUCGUCUGGCUCAGGAGGUUCUCGGACGGCUUCGAUUGCGACUGCAAGAGGCUGGAAGGGGUGCUUGGGAUGAUCCCUGGUGCCAGGAGAAUGGUGAUGGGUCACACAAUUCAGACAGUGGGGAUCAAUGCAGUGUGUAGCGCACAGGCGGUGAGGGUCGACGUGGGGCUGUCGAGGGGGUGCGGGAACGGGCUGCCGGAGGUGCUUGAGAUCAAUGCUGGCGGCACUGAAGUCAGGGUGAUCACGACGCCUCCCUCAGAGGCCUGGAUGUAUAGGAAGCAAGAAGUGGAGAAGGCUGCCGCAGCAGUCACAGAGAAGAGUGGUGAUGUCAAGGAAGGGCUUGCAUUGCUGGUAAGGGAGAGCCACGGAUUGAAAGAGGUAGGAGUUAAGGCUUAAUUUAGUGUUAACUUCAGGCUAGGAUUGUUUGGGUAACCCGCAAUUGGGAUUGCUUCGGUGAAUUUGGUAAAGAAGAAGACUAGUUAUGGGAGGGAUUGUUUGUAGGAAUCAUUACUUGUUAGUGGGUAUCCACAAAAGAAAGGAAGAUCUGCCAUGAUGUUUUUAUUUUUGAAGAUACGAUAGUGGAUUACUGAUAUAUACCUACAAUUAAUGGUUCAAUUGUGGAGUUUUUGAACUUUGUGUAGUAUAUUUCCCCAAUGUUUCUUUUCUGUUGAUGCUGAGAAUCAUGUAAUUUUUUGUUCGAUUUGAUAUAGAGAAUAACAGGACUGUCUCUGGAACA